AUGUCCAAUUGGGCUCAACGCUGUCGUCGCCUCUGCAGCGUCGCUUUCUUCUUCAGUCUUCGCGCCGUGCUGCUCACCGCCCAAGUGAUGCUCUUGGUGCCGCUUAUUCGUUGCAAGUCUCGCGGCGCAUAUCGAACKCACGCCAUAUUGACUUGCUUCGCGCUGCUCGUGCUGCUGCUCUUGUGUGGCGCCUCGCCAUUCUUGCUGCGCAUCRUCGCCUCAACGUACGAGCGGGUGAGCGUGCAAUUUGACGCCAUUUUCCUUCUAAUCGCCAUGACCUCUCAAGUCAGCGACAUCAGCAUUGUCCUAAUCAGCAUGCUGUCGCAGAUCUGCCAGCGCCGAGCCUUAUGUGUAUUCCUGAAUCAGCUGCAGSACACCGUUCAACGCGUACGCGCCAYACAUGGACGAAACUUCAUAACCGCGCGKGUUCUGCUAUUGUUGUGGCUGCAGCUGGGACUAACGCUGUACGAUAUGUUGACGCAGCUCGUCUUUCUCGCCAAACUGGCUUUCAAAAUCGCACCUUGGCAAAUUGCGGUCAACCUGUUGUCAUUGUACCUGCARCAGUGCCGUGCCACRCUGCAGUUGGUGAUUAUGUGCUGCGUGUUGUUGUUCAUCGCUUGCUAUACUCAGCUGACGGAAUGCUUGGAGCGCUUCUCAGAGGACUCAAGUGCCGAGCUGUCAACCUAUGAGGAUUUGGUUUGGCUGCAAAAGGUUUUGUACAAGCUCACCCUUCAGCUGAAAGACGUUUUUCAAUUGCCACUCUUUCUGCUUGUUGUCGGCGAAUUCAUCAACGUAUUGGCCAAUUUGUAUGCACAGCUUCACUAUUACRUCACAACGAAAGCUUGGUGGUUCGCCUUUGUCUUCUACUGCRCUAAGAUAAGCGUUGAGCUGUACCUGCUCAUACACGUCGUCUACUUUUGUUGCGUGUUGCAUGAGAAASUCACUGACCUCUUCCUCGAUCGCGAUUUGGACUUCGCGGAGCCGAUGUUGGCGCAUUGCCGUUUCGAACUAACUCACAGAGAUGUAUURUGGCCGCAACCGAUUAGGUUUUACAUCCUCGGCAUGUUUGAGCUGAACAAUGAAUUUUGGCUAUUUUUGGUUACUUAUUCAGUGAAUUUCAUAGUCAUCAUUGUGCAGUUUGGGUUCUUCACCUAG